AUGGAAAGCCUGAGCAUCACUCAGAAACAAAAAGCGAGUGAGAGGCAUCACAGAGCCGAAGUCAUGAUUGCUGGAGAACAACUGAGGCUUCGUCUUCACGAUGGCAAACUGAUCAAGGACAGGCGUUUCCACCUUCGCACCUAUCCCAAUUGCUUCGUGGCCAAGGAGCUCACCGAUUGGCUGAUUGACCACAAGGAGGCGCCGGAUCGAGAAACGGGCAUCCGUCUGAUGCAGAAGCUGAUGGAUCAUUAUAUUAUCCAUCAUGUUUGCGAUGAACAUUUCGACUACAAGGACGCCAAGCUGCUCUAUCGCUUCCGCAAGGACGAUGGGACCUUCCCCCUCAACAAGGACGUGAAGGUGUUCCUGAGAGGACAGAGCCUCUAUGAGACGCUGAUCAGCGUGGAAGAUUCAAUCCUGAAAGUAAGAGAGGAGAACUCAGUGAAGUACCAAAGAACCUUUCUGGGCUGCGAUAUGAUCGACUGGCUGGUCCAGGAAGGGGAGGCGGCCAACCGCAAAGAGGCCGUUGAGCUUUGCCAGACCUUGCUUGAACACGGGAUUAUCCAGCAUGUCUCCAGCCGGCAUCCUUUCUGCGAUGGGAACCUCCUUUAUCAGUUCCGCAUCAACUUCCGCCGCAGAAGGCGCCUCACGGAGCUGCUGAACGAGAACUCGCCCCGGACCCUUUCGGACAGUCCGGACAGCCCCUUCUGCCUCCGCAAGCUGAACCCGGAACUGAACAGUUCGAGCUUCCUGUCAGUCCAACCCAAUAAGGAAAUCAAGAUGGUCUCCGCCAUUCGAAGGAGUAGCGUUACCUCACUUGCCGGAGGAUCCAAUUCAUAUUUCAAUGUCUCCCCGAGUCUGGGGCUUCCGCCUGCUGUUGACUGCAACCCCAAAUCUGUGUUAAAGAGGCCUGUCACGAACGAGGAGCUCCUGAGCCCCGGGGCACCGUAUAUCAAGAAAACGCUCACGAUUGUGGGAGACGCGGUUGGUUGGGGAUUUGUGGUCCGUGGAGGUCAGCCAUGCCACAUCCAGGCUGUGGAUCCAGGUGGACCUGCAGCUGCCGCUGGCAUGAAGGUAUGCCAGUUUGUGUAUUCGGUGAACGGGAUCUACGUUUUACAUUUGGACUACCAGACCAUCAGCAGCCUCAUCAUGACAGGCCCCCGGACUUUGGUGAUGGAAAUAAUGGAAGCCAUUGAAUGA